GGUCCCCCUGCGUGAGCUGCUGCAUCUCAGACCUGCCCUGAGAUCCGCCGCACAGCACGCCACUCCAGACGACUCCGCGCAUUCAAUACAUCACAAUCCGCGCAGCCAAGGAAACCCAGCAAAACUCUGCCCCCCAAAUCCCCGGACCCUCAGGGUGGGGUAGAGACUCAGAGAAGAAGCAGCUCAAACAAAAGCACUCCUCUUGGCUUUAAGAUUAAAAAAAAGUUCAGAUACAAACUCAAGACGAUAAGCGGAACCGAUCGGCGUCUCCACAUUUUCAUGCAAAACUUUUCCUGAAGCCACUGAACGAGCAGCGAGCAUCCAACUGACCGACUGAAAAUGGCAAUCUCAUGGACACUCCUUGUAUUAGGUGUCCUCCUGUAUAGCAUGUCAUCCGCAUCAGGCGCGCAACCCGAUCCUUCUGACCCGGGCACUCAAACCGAUCCGUCUGACCCGGGCGCGCAACCCGAUCCGUCUGACCCAGCCGCGCAACCCGAUCCGUCUGCCCCAGCCGCGCAACCCGAUCCGUCUGCCCCAGCCGCGCAACCCGAUCCGUCUGCCCCAGCCGCGCAACCCGAUCCGUCUGCCCCAGCCGCGCAACCCGAUCCGUCUGCCCCAGCCGCGCAACCCGAUCCGUCUGCCCCAGCCGCGCAACCCGAUCCGUCUGCCCCAGCCGCGCAACCCGAUCCGUCUGCCCCAGCCGCGCAACCCGAUCCGUCUGCCCCAGCCGCGCAACCCGAUCCGUCUGCCCCAGCCGCGCAACCCGAUCCGUCUGCCCCAGCCGCGCAACCCGAUCCGUCUGCCCCAGCCGCGCAACCCGAUCCGUCUGCCCCAGCCGCGCAACCCGAUCCGUCUGCCCCAGCCGCGCAACCCGAUCCGUCUGCCCCAGCCGCGCAACCCGAUCCGUCUGCCCCAGCCGCGCAACCCGAUCCGUCUGACCCAGGCGCGCAACCCGGUCCGUCUGACCCAGCCACGCAACCCGGUCCUUCUGACCCAGGCGCGCAACCCGGUCCGUCUGACCCAGCCGCGCAACCCGAUCCUUCUGACCCAGGCCUGCAACCCGAUCCUUCUGACCCAGGCGCGCAACCCGAUCCUUCUGACCCAGGCGCGCAACCCGAUCCGUCUGACCCAGCCGCGCAACCCGAUCCUUCUGACCCAGCCACGCAACCCGAUCCGUCUGACCCAGCCACGCAACCCGAUCCGUCUGACCCAGGCGCACAACCCGGUCUUUCUGGCCCAGCAGCGCGACUCGACCCUUCCAAACAGACUAUAAAUGGCAAAGAAGCCAACACUGGGUCACCAACUAAAUUGCUCACCACAGCAUCACCAGAUUCUACAACUACUAUUUCUAAGAGUCUUCAGACACUGGAAGCACAAACAACCAUUGCUCCGAUCACAAUAGCCCUGCUUCUGGAACCGCGUACACAUAACGACAAUACUGGGACUGUCAACAUUCAACCCAUAUUCAGUCAUGAUCCCUUUGAUCUAAGCAGCAGCAGUAAGGGGAAUGUCAUCCGUGAAGCCUGUAAGACGCUGGGUCAGAAGAUGAAAGGAAAUUGCACCGUGAUGGUGGAAAUUAAUGACAAGAAAUUAACUGCAACAAUAACAAUAGAUGCCGACCAAAAGAUACCGCCAGAAAACUACAAACCUCUAGAACUUGUCAGUGGAGUUACAGACAAUAAUGCUUUACAGAAAGAGGAUCUAAACAAGUACACGAUACCAGACACGUUGAUCGCCAUCUUGGCUUCUUGUGGUGCUUUGGUGCUCAUUCUGUGCUGCUUUGCUGCGUACUGCACUUAUCAUCGCAGAUCCUACAGGAAGAACCAGCAACACCUGACAGAAGAGCUGCAGACAGUGGAGAAUGGUUAUCAUGACAAUCCCACACUGGAGGUGAUGGAGGUACAGCCGGAGAUGCAAGAGAAAAAACUGACAAUGAACGGGGAGUUCAACGACAGCUGGAUCGUCCCCAUAGACAACCUGCUGAAAGAGGACAUACCUGGUGAAGAAGACACACACUUGUAAUGGCAUCAGAUGAACCGUCUGGAGAAGGAAACCUGCUACUCUCAUAACGGUAGAUUGUGACCGGCCAGAAUGUAGAGAAAGCAGAAAUUGACAAAGACUAUCAAAUGUUUUCAUUUGGUGCCCAGGUGUAUAUGCUGUAAUUAAGUAGUUGAAUGUCAAGUAUGUGCUAGAAAUAGCCGAAAAGUUUUUAGGUUUCGAGUCACUGUGCAUGGGAAAGGGAGAAUCUGUAAAUGGAAUGACAAUGCACAAUCUGUGGCCUCUCUUUGUGCCUUAACUUUGCUUCAGCAGGAUUAGUUCAUGCUUUAAAACAAAUAGUUUUCUAAUAAACAAUUUGAUGAACAAAAUAUCUAGCAAAUAAUAGGUAAUAUAGCCCAUUUAUGAUUUCAAACAGAUUUGGUCCAAUAAUUUUCAGUAUUGAAUGAAAAAAGAAUUUAGGGUUUGCUCACCAUCUUGGAACGUUUUUCCCGCUGCAAUGCAUGUUGGGACUGCUUUCUCUAAAUGUGAAGCUGGCCAAAAUAAGGCCUCGAUUUCACUGCCUUUGCAUUAGGAGUGUGUCUUAUGAUGCUGUCAAGCAAUGCUAAUUACUUUCUCUAAAAAA